GCUCGCUCGGGUUGAUUUGCCGCGACGAUGAUGCGACGGACGUUGGAAAGGAAGGCGGUGUCGUUUGCCGCUGGAAGGCGAGGCAUUUCGUUGCUGCACCUCAAUGCCAGUAUAUCAGACGACUCGGCAACGUCCGUGGUGUCCAUGGCUCUCAUGGCGUGUGUACACCAGCAGUUCCUGCGUGCGGCAUGGACACAAAAGAAGAACAUCGUCGUCAACAGCAGCACGAAACAACUGACGCCAUUCCGCGUGAUAGAACGUGACUUGUGGUCUCCAGACCUUCCCAAGUUUUGCAAGGGCACCAUGAACAGUUGCUACCGCGUGCUGCAUGGCCUGGGCUCACCUGAAGAUCAAAUGCGCAUGCUUCCGGUCCAGCAGUUAGCUCAAGAACUGCUCGAAGCCGACUGCGUUGUCAUUUCAACACCUGUGUGGAACCACAGCGUGCCGUACGUCUUGAAGCAGUAUAUGGAUUGCGUUGUCCAGCCCGAACUCACUUACUCACAAGCCACGCAAGAGCCAUUCGUCCGCGGCCGGACCUUUGUCCUUGUCACGUCAGCUGGCGGGGACAUUCGUGAGCAAGACACAACGUUCUCGCUCGUUCGGUCUGUCUUUAGCAGCAUCGGGUUCACGCAUGGGCAUGUCAUUUCGUUGCAGGGCCUCAAGGAACCGACCAAGCGAGAGAAGCAGCUGGACGCGGCGCUGUUUGAGGCUGAGCGCAUUGCACAGCGUGUGAUAGAGCACAACCUUGUUGAGUCUUGAUAGUCAAUUUUUUUCUAUCGAGGACGAGCCACGUUCAUUGUUGGGA